CUCAUUUUUUAUCAGGCUAUGCCUGGAACUUGGAACUUCCGCCUGUCACCUGUUUCGUGGAUCGAAAAGCGGGUUUCCUUCCCAAACGCCUGCCUGCACGAUUGUUCUCACUGGGACUCUGACCAAGCGUGUGUUUUAAUUUGCCAGCGUCGACGGCUUUUCAACACGCUCGUCUCGAGUUUAUUCAGCCAGACGCCACUUUUCCUGCCAAUUGAUCAUCUUCACUCUCUCCUACAGCCUGUAGCCUCCGGGUUUCGCCAAAUAGUUCCAAUCCUCGUUGUCCUGAACGUUUCUUUUCUUGCCUCGCUCCUCUAAGUCCAAAUCCAAAGUUUUCUCCACAUCUGUUCCCUUCGGCUGCUGAAACUCUGCCACCACCGUCGUCUUCUUCAUUUCACUUGAUUUUUCCCAUCUCGUCGCCGACUCGGAUCGGGGGGCGUGCCUCAAUCAGCACACGUCCCCUGUGAAGGUACGUUUUUCUCAAGGGCUCCCCGCAUUCUGCUGUCUCUUCCCCUCUCUGUAACGAAUCCACCAUUUCGCUUCCCAUUUCUCGCAAGAUAUUCCAUGGGUUGCAGGAUGUACAUCCACUGAACGGCGCCUUUAACAGCUCGCAUUCCGAAUAUCCCCAGGUCUCCAGCUGCUUUCGACCUUGUGGUGCCCCUGUAUAUCGAGUCGUGUGAAAGAUCUCGUGCCUCUCAUUUUCGACGCCAAUUCUCGGGGAACAAUGAAUUGCCAUAGCUACGGUAUGAAGUAAAUCUCAAGACAGUUGGCAGAGGAAAGUCGCCUACCCUAGCAAUCUGCGUCCGAGGAACCUGUUCGCCGGCCGAGGCCAUACGCCAGCUCGACUGUGCCAUCGAAGCAUGCAGAGAAAGACGCUAUUCGUUGUCAGUCGAGGGCAUAAGGAGUGCGUCGCGGGCAACGGUUAGAGAGAGUUUUCUGUGGUGAAAAGGCCUGCCUCCUGCGGCUUUCUAUCGACCCAGCAGUAAACAGUAUGGGGAAUCCAUUGCUGAAGCUCUACUCGGUGGACAAAGAGAAAGCGAUCGACGGCGGCAGAUUUCUACGGUGGACGAUCUACCGGGGACAACAGAAGGACCGUUCAUCUUCAGCUUCUUCGCUCGUCUCGCUUUUCUGUUUCGACAAGAAGGCCCUCACAGUUUCUCCGUUUUCGUCGUCCCCGUCUCUACGCUCGUCCCUGCUAUCGCUGCUGCAGCAAGAGGCCCAACUUCUGCAGCGCCUACGCCACCCUCAGCUCCUUCAUUUAGUGGAGCCUCUCCAAGACGACAAAAACUCUCUGGUCUUCUGCACACGCCUCGUUGAAACGACUCUGCGUGAACAGUUGUAUGAGCAAUGUCGUCCACAUUCCGGAGGACGUGGACUUUCGAGUUCCGAAGCAGGGCCUUACUCGAGUGCGUACACGCGAGAGAGCGAGGACGGAGGCAGUUCUACGCGCGGUAAAAUCGUUCCCCUGUCUCUGCUGGAGAUAAAGUCAGGCCUCUUGGAUCUCGGAGAGGCUCUCCAAUUCUUGCAUGCAGACGCCCAACUUGUUCACCUCAACGUGAAUCCAGACAGUGUCUUCUUCACGCCGAAAGGACAGUGGCGCCUUGGAGGCCUUGGCUUCGCCCAGGAAAUCAUUGGAGAUGGAAGUGCUGGCAAACUCGUCGACUGCGGAUUCUCCUUCGGAGCGCCGAGCGGGAGCGCACAGGCGCAGGUUUCGGUGGUGCCGCCGCUGUACUAUUCAGCUCCAGAGCUCGCGGCCAGCCACCCAGGAAAGUGCUGUCGGGCUUCUGACAUUUUCUCUUUGGGUCUACUCAUGGCCGAAGUUCUUCUCGGCGCCGGCGCCGGCAGCGAGGCUCGACUCCUGAAAACGAACGAAUGGGACGUCAGCGCCCACCAAGCCCAGUGCCAGCGCCUACUUCCUUUGCGGUCCACCAUGUUCGCGAACUCACCCUACUUCUCGAUGCCUUCGGCUGCGGCGUCCUUGCCCACUUUAAUUGCUCUUCUCUCGUCGAUGCUGAGUCCAGAUCCGUCUCAGAGACCUUCGAUUGAACAGUUUCUUCAGUCGCCUUUCUUCCAAGACAUGAACAUGCGCGCCCUGCGUUUCCUCGAGUCUCUGCACGAAAAGGACGAGAGCCAGAAAAUUCAGUUUCUGAAAGGCUUCCUUCCGUUGCUUCAGCAGCAAGAAGAAUUCCACCAUACGAAUCUCUUGCGGAACCGCGUGGUGGGUCCGCUUCUCGAUGCCCUGGCGUUUCCUGCCCUCUACCCGUUUGUCCUCCCGAAUCUCUUCUUUGUCAUCAAACAGCUGAACGACCGCGCCUACUUCCAGUCGGAGGUGUGGCCACGCAUCAGGCCCUUGCUCACAGCUCGCGAGAUUCAGAUCGAAUCCGUUUUGCUUCUGAUGAACGAGUUGGAGUACCUCAUGACGCAAUGCAGCGACACGUCGAUUCAACAGGAUCUCCUUCCCCUGACCGUGAAAUGCAUGCAGAUUCAGGAACCGCGCAUUCAAGAAGCUGUAUUGACGAGGCUUCCAACCGUCCACCAGAAAUUCGACUACACAGUUCUGAGGACCUCUGUCCUUCCUCGCGUUCUCAGCGUCAUUCAGCAAGCGACGUCCUCAACAGUUCGAGUGCAAGGCCUUGCUGCUGUGACCGCCAUGGCGAGCGCCUUUGACCGUUCGACCAUCGUGGAGCAAAUUGUGGCAGUCGUGCAACAGACCAGCGCAGCAGACAAAAGUGGAGUAGUAUGCGGUGCUGUCUGCACGACGCUGGAAACGUUGGCAAAACAAGUUGGUCUCAAAACCACCACGGAGCGUCUCCUCCACAUCUUGCUUCCCCUUCUGAUGGAAGAAGGACUGACAGCGACGGAAUUCGACCAAGUUUACCGGACACUCACGUCGAUACUGGGAAAGGUUGAAACCACGCGGCGGAAGCAAUUCGCCCUGCAGUCGGAGCAGGCGUCUGCAGUCGCAGCGGCGCUGCCCCCAUCCUCCACGCCUUCCUCGUCCGUGGGUUUUCAAGACACGUCAGCAGGGGCACUGCGCUCUGACAGCAGCACUCUGGGGUCGCAGCCUCUGCCGUUUGAGGCACUCCUCAUGUCUCCAACUGCGGGGGACCAAAACCGGGACCCGCAGCCGCCUCCGCCGCCGCCACAUCCUUCCGCUCAUGCUACCAGUUCCUCUUCUUCCCUUCCUUCUUCCUCCUUUCCUUCUUCCUCCUUUCCUUCUUCCUCUGCUUUCGGGCGCCCACCUGUGGUGCCCUCGACAGACGAUCCGUUUCUCUUGGCUGCGUCCGAGCGGGUGGUCGCUGCGUCCGGGCGGUCUCUCCCCACUCAGUCUUCGUCGUCGUCCCUGGACUGGAUGAACAGUUUGGAUGCUUCCUCUGCAAGUCGGCAUGUUGCUUCGGCCUCUUCAGGCUCCAAGCGGACGGCUCCCGCGAGCGCUUCUGCCUCCAGCGGUUUCCUUUUCGCGGCGACGAGCCUGCCGGCGCACCCGCCCGAGAGUCAGUGCGCGGUGGCGCCGCUGCCGAAGCUGCCCGAGGAACUCUUCGGGAGCCUCACGGGCUCCGCUGGCCCCGACCGGGCCGGUGCGGGGAACGCGAUCUCCAGUGGAGAGGCAGCCGGCUCGCAUGCGUCUGGGAAAGCUGCCGACGCAAAGGCCUCUGCAGCGACAAGCGCGAGUAGCAGAAACACCCGUCUGGAGAGCUCGGCGCAAAAUGCGACUCGCACAAAUCAGAGCAGAGACACAGCCUCGUCACUGGAGGACAUUCUCAGCUCGACCUUCUCUUCACCGUCGUCGCUGUCAAACUCUCCAGGGCUAGCCCUGGGAGGGGUAGGCGUCUCCCCGCCUACUUCGCGUGAGGCUCAGCUGCGCGACGCGUUCGCACAGUUGCAUCCACCAUCGGCUGCCUAUGGGACUGCUCUGGCUCCUCGGGCCGAUCCGUUCGCUAGCCUCUGUCCAAAUCCGCCUCCAGCAGGAUGCCCAGCCUCCCUCAGUCCAGUUGCAAAUGGAAUAGCUGCCUCCACCAAACCGGGCUUAGGCUUUCCUUCUGACCCAUUUGCGGGGCUUGCAGGCCCCAGUGUUAGUUCGAACGUGCAUCAUGCAGGGAAGCCGCUCUUUGAGCAGGCGGGAGGAAUUGGCAGUGCCAGUUCCUCCAAAGUGGAUCCGUUUGCCCAGCUAGGGUCUUUCACAAUGUAGAGGAGGCAAAGGACAGAGCUAUGAACAGUUGUGAGAGUGGAGUUUGUCUGGGAAAACCCGCACAGCCGACUCAGGGCUUGCUCACGAGUGACAGCGAGAAAGCGUGUAGCUGCCAAUCGAAACAAAGUGUGAAGCCUCUAAAGUCGUCUGUGCUCUGAGCUCCGAUGACCAUCAACUGUCUGGUGUUACCGCGGAGGCGGGAGCCAGGCAAGAAGUUUCCAGUUGAGACUCUUCUGAAGAGUCAGGUAGAAGGGGAAAAUGAGUUUCACUGUCUGUGGAAGCGUUUCGUUGACAUUUGUAAGGACGUAGAAUCCGUAUAGGGUGGUCUGCGCUAGGGGCGUUCCAUGGACAGUGUUUUCGGGUUAUUACUGAAACACAUCUAAGAGUGGAGGUAACGCUGGGGAGCAGUUUUGAAUCGCGGCGGGUGUUGACCGACGUGAACACAAGACACUCACUUUCUCGACGUGUUUGUCCAGUCGUCUGCUGCACAAUGGUGCAAGAGUUUGCGGAAAUCAGGAGGGGAAACUCACGGAUAAAUUUCAGUCACCGUCAAAAGAGUUGCCCUUUCAUUUGCACACUCUGUUGCUUACAGCAGGUCUCUUGUCACACAAGCGGCCCUGACCUUGAAAAGUGGGAAGUCUGUGACAGACGGAGAAGCGGGCCACUUGAAAUACCCGUUGUAAAUGUUCUUUCUGCGGGUAGCCUCUCGGCAGCUGUUAGUUUUCCAACGCGGAUCGGAGUCGAAGAAGUCGUUACGUGACCAGAGGCAUGUAGACGACCUGUUUCCAUACGCUUUUUCUAACCUUUUGAACUAAAACUAUUGGGUCGCCAUGCCACCUGCGGGUGAGUUUUCAAUGGGUAUCAG